AUGAGGAAAGUUUUGUUUGAAUUUUCUGAAUCAUUUGAACAUGAUGUUCAUGUUCAUGUCGAAGAGUGGCUAGAAUUUCCUAUGGGAUUCACUAUUUCAGAAUGUGCUUCCCAAUUAGCAAGUGUACAUGGUAUUCCGGACAUCGCUUCUAAAGUUUUCUAUGAAAGAUUAUCAGAUUUUAUAGCUAAAGAAACUACAAACGACUUUAAAGAGCAUUAUUUGAAUUUGGUAAACAGUCUAAAGUCUGGUGUAUUGAACAUAGAAAAAUUUUGUUCUGAUUUCGACUCUUCACAUCAUAACAAUCCCACAUUAAAACUAGCCAAGCUGAAUGACCAGGAAAAUUUUUCGCAUGCUUUCAACCAGAUGAUUCAUUCGCCUGCUGCACAAGAAUUUAUUCACUUAGAAGAAUCAUUCGCCCUAGAAAUUGGUUAUAAACUUCAAAAACGCAAUGAUAUCCUAAGAGAAAUGGACGAAAAACAUUUUGAUGAAACUGAGCGUAGUCUCCAAAAACGUGGUAGUGAAGUCCCAGAAACCAUCACACAACUUCAAGAGGAUUAUUAUCUCAAUAGGGAAAUUGUUUUAAGUCAUUGGGAUAGUUGUAUAAGCGCAUUAAAAUGGGAACAUCGCCAAGCUCUAAGAACAUUUGUUAUGUCUUAUAAAGAGCAUAUCAAUAGUUUGCCAACAAAUAACAACCGUCCCAGUUUAUGCAGGACAUUUUUAAAAGAUAGUCCAUCUAAAACUUCGAAUUCCUUAUUCAACAAAUCGUCUACAAUAAAUAGACAAUCCAUUUCUAAACAAAUUAGUCAAAUUCCAUUAUCAGAAACUUUCACCGUUCAAUUGGGUCGUCAGUUACGAACAAUGUUCAACUUCCGUUUAACUCGACUGGAUCCAUCUGAAUUACUAACAAGCACGAGAUUCAGAUCUCAAGAGAAUCACCUAUCCGAUGACGACUGCCUAGCUGAACGUAUGAACAAUGCUUUAAACGUCUAUUCAAACAAUUUAAACGGUUUAAUGAUUCUGGUAGAUAAACGAAUUAAUUCCUUCCGUGGAAUUAAAAAACUUUUAGCGGAUGCAUGUGAGCAGUCUACUGAGUUACAUUUCGCAGAAUUUGGUUCUCAGUUAGAAUCUAUACAGGAAACAGUGAAUCGCUUGCGGUCACGUCAAUUUGUAGAACCAAAUAGUGAAUCUAAAAUAAAAAAUAAUGAUUUGUCUAGUGGGAGUUCUACAGUUAAAUCAAAAUCUGACUUCUAUGAUCCGAUCCAUGGUGAUGUAUUAAUCACUAAACACUCCAAUUUAAUCAGCAAUACUGGCGAUGGUAUAAAUGUUGUUUUCCAAGUGGUUAUUGAUGAAGAUUAUGAAAAUAAUAAUGAUAAUAUACGUAUUCCAUCCUCACUACACUAUGCUAUAUCAGCUGUACUACGAACUUGUUUCGACUACGAUAUUACGACUUUAUCGUUGCCUUUACUAUUGGUUUCAUCAGUAUCUGAAAAUAUGGGUAAAUCAUGGAGAGCCAAACGUGUGGAAACAGUACUCAAAGCUGUUAAAGGUUCAUUAAUGGAAUUGAUUACUUGGCGUGGUCUCAAUUUACGAUCUAUACAAUUUUUAGCACCUUCAUGGAUUACAGAUGAAGAAUUGAAUGUAUUUCGACAAAUAAUUUCUAGUUCAUUUAUACAACCAAAUCCAUUGAUUGCAGUGUAA